AUGGAGUUCGCAACUAUAAAAGGAGCCGGCCCCACACCACUUCCCACCAGCACAAAAAUGCACUUUGCCAAUUUUUAUUGUUUGCUCCUUGCAACUGCCGUGGUGUCUGAGCGGGCGUCCGACACGCUGGGCGAGGCGUACGUGGACGUGCCAGACUUUGACGUCGACAACAAGGCGCACAUCAAGAUUCCUCUAGAUCACGACACGGUUUUGGCCGAUGCUUCUGUCGUUUCCGACGGAAUUGAUGCGACCGUGGAAUCGGCAGAACCGAAAAAGGACGGCCACCACGUGGCAGACAGCAUCAUCAAGGUUGCGCGUGACGUGGUGGAGCCAAUGUUGGAAAAGGCUCACGCUGGCCGUGACGCUGUUUCUGCAGCGUUGGAAGACGCCGUGUCGAGAGCAGAGGCGGCAGCUUCUGCAGGGCACCACUCGGCUGCAGAGGCGGGCGAAGCUAUGCGCCAGUAUGCGUCUGAUGCUGCCGAGGCGGCAAUUGAAAGUGCUCAGGGCGCUGCAGGUGCUGUCAAGGACGAGGCUGCUGCGGCUGCGGGCACAGCCAACGGCUACGCGGCAGAGGCUCACGAGUACGCAAAGAACGCACAAAAGGAGGCCAAGGAUUACGUUUCGGGCGCCAAGAAAGACGCCGCUGACUAUGUGUCGAAGAAGAAGGCCAAGGCGGCCAAGAGAACAGCCAAGAAGCCGGGCCAGAAGCAGGCCGAGACCGCCAUUCUGAAAGCACAGGCUGCUCACAAGAGUGCACAAGCAAGCAUUCAUGCCGCCCAGAAGGAUGUGAAGGAGAGUGUCCAAGCAGCCCAGAAGAGUGCCAAAGCAAAUGUGGAAGCAGCACAGAAAGAUGUGAAGGAGAAGGUUGAGGCGGCUCAUAAGCAUGCCAAGGCAAAUGUGGAAGCGGCCCAGAAGUACGCUGAAGAGAACGUUGCUGCAGCGCAAAAGAAUGCCAAAGAAAACAUUGCUGCUGCGCAAAAGACCGCCAAAAAGCACGCUCUGGCCAUCAAUGAGAACGCAGAGGAGCACGUUUCUGGAGUUGCUGCGGCUGCUCACGGUUACGUGGAAGAGGCAAAGGAAUACCUUUCCGGAGCUGCUCAGCAGGUGAAGGACCACGUUGUCGGAGCUAAGGAAAAGGUUGUUGGCGCUAAGGCCGAAAAGAAGGCGGCAGCUGCCUCUGCAAGCGCAGCUGCUGCAGCCAGCGCCCUGAGUGCGUCGUCAAAAGUUCACAGCAGCGGCAAAAACUACGCCGAGGCUGCCCUGAAGUACGUCGAGAACUUGAAUGAAGAGGCACGCGAAUACGUUUCGGAGGCUGCUGAAGGCGCACAACAAUACCAUGAGCAUGCCCAGGGUAAGGUUGCAGGAGUGGCGCAAGCUGCACAGAGCUAUGUUGCAGACAUCAACAAGAACGCUAAAAGCUACGCUUCUGAUGCUGCGGCUGCAGCACAAAAGUAUGUCUCUUCUUGGGGCGGAAAGGGUAAGAAAAACGCCGCCCAAACCAGCCUUUCUGGUGCAGCUAGCGCUGUGAGCGAGUACGUCGACAGUGCUACGAAAGCGGCACAGAGCCAAGUUUCUGAUGUGGCAGACAGCGCCGCGAAGAUUGCUGGAAUGAAGCAGCCGAGCCGCUACGAGGUGUUGAAAGCGAAGAUCCAAGCUGUCUUGGGUAUGUGA